UUCUAUGCCAUCGAAUUGUGACACGCGGAAUCUCUUUCAUACUCGGACAGAACUCCGAAUCUGUCUAUGUCCGCAGAUGUGUUGUAACUGCUUUCUAGAGCUUUGACAUCGGACGAAGACAUUGGAAAGCACAACCGAAAGCUUUGGUUUAGAAACAACAGCAGUUUCAGCUCCGAUGACGCACAAGAUCUCGUCGGUCAAGUUCCCAUAAUCCACACGCCUACAGACUCUAUACCUAAUGUUGAAGAUGCCGCUCUCGAUCACGAUUAUUUCUCUUUCAGCCUAUAUACUAUGCGGUGGAGCAUCAGCCCAAGGGAACUGCAGCUCAUUCAUGCUAGACGACCAAGGCUACUUCCUUACAAACAACGAUCCCAUUCGGAUCAGCGCCGCAGCCAAUUGUCCAGUUUCGAACAGCAACCGCACAUGUGCCAUCAAGACUGCUGGACAAGACCUCUUCACCGGGCGGACAAACCUAUCUCUUACAACAUUCCUCCCCGACGACGACGAUGGUUAUGGCAUGCAACAUCCAUUCAUGCAAUCCAUCAAUUCUGCAACCGGUAACUAUUCGCCUAGUCUGCCAGCUACAUUCAACAGGACGAUUUCUGCGCCCAUUGACAACACCAUGUCCGUCGAGCCAGGUCAGACCGUGUACAUGAACUUCACAGCCCUCCUAUACUGCUAUACUGGUACGACCGGAGGAUGUGACACCGUGGGCUCGGUCCAAGACGACACUCCAGUGGAGGUCUGCGCGCCUGUUUGGGGCGGCGCUCCGGGUGCCAUCAGGGUCAGCGGCACUUACAGUCUCGAACAUAUCGAUUUCAAUGACGUGGACAAGUAUAGUGAUCCCUAUGCGGGUCAAAUUCCAGAGAACGCUGCCCAAACUCUUCAGAUGGGGAUCGGGGCCUUGAUUUCAGUGCUAGCGUUUGCUGUGUUUCUCAUGUAGGUACUUAAACAGACAACUAUAAGCGCGCUUGGAUGGUGCGCACCGCCGUUCGUUCACAUAUGACCUCUUCCUAGAAUACGAAAGGAUCCGCGAUGAUAAUUUAAGAUCCUUUCACUUUCAUAUGUGGCCCAGUGUCUACUACCUGGAUGUGAAAGAUGCACCAAACCUAAAUGCGUGCUACCCGUCAUUUUUUGUGAUCCUUGUGUGACAGAUUCAGCUCUAUAUAUGAUUUAUAUCCAAGCCUAACCUGGCCAGC